AUGAAACGGAGAACCACCCUUAUCCAGCCUCUGGGCGCCCCGUUCGAGCCAGAUCAGGCAGUUCUAUCAUCUAGCAACCUCGCCAUUCGCGGUCUGGACGCCGCGCGCCAUGAUCGCAUCACACUGGGUCUCGACGACCUUCCCGAGGAGCUUCGUAAUGUCCUCGAAAGUUCUCAUGAGCUUCACCUCCGCUGGGCGGCGGAGGAGCACUUCGACGCCAUCGCGCCCUUCUCCAGCAGAGUCUCGCCCGGUCUCCAUGUGCAUUAUACCUCUCUGGUUUCUGAUCGACCUUCUGACACGUUAUGCUCAGUGCUCCGCGCUGUGUUCGGGGCGGAUGAGGGAGAUCGAAACGGGGUAGACUGCACGAGCCCCGAGAAGUCUUUCACCACACCCCCGCUUCGUUCGACACGAUUUGCGACCUCGACCUCCCUCCAGUACUACACGCGCCUCCCCUCUCUCCAAACUCUAGUCGGCUUCAUUCGGCGCACAAUCUGCCAUCAACGCCAGGGCGGUGCAAAAUGCCAUGAUCAUGCCGACACCCUUCUCACGGCCGAUUCCGUCGAUAUUGACUAUGACAGCACAUCGCAUACUUUAGCUAUAUCGGGAUUCUGGAGCUCCGCUCCUACUGGCGGCUGGAGCGAAGACAUCGGAAAGCUUGCCGCGGAUGACAAGAUAGAAAUCGGCCUCCUAGGAGUCGAGCCUGGAGCAAGCCCUGAUGAGCUCAAGGCAGGCGGGUUGUUAGGAAGCAUUGGGGAAGACAAAAAGCUCACAUCUCAUUCUCCCAGCCAACAGGGCUUCAUCCGGAGAUGUCAAUCUCCAUCCCGCACUCUACUUUACAACCACCCCCCCGCACCCAAAGACUUCACAUGUGCACUGCACACAUAUCUCACCCUCCCAUCAUCAGUAUUUAUUGAUCAAUAUCAAGUUGGCACGGAUGACCCUCUUUUCCUUCAAGAACACAAUCUCGUCGCCGUGCGUGCAUUCUCCGGUGAAACAGACCUUGAAGCACCAGAUUGGGCCAUAGAUCGCUGGGGCUCGACUUGGCUCCUCGAGCUCGCGACGCCCUCUGCUGAUAGCGCUGAUCCCGCAUCAAACUGGACUUCAACGAUUCCUAUGCACCUCCGAUACCUCAACCCUUCAGAGUCUGGAUAUCGAUCGGCUGCCGUGCCUUGGCCCGUCGUGUUUUGGGCGUGCAGCACGGAAGAAGAGGGUGAGAUGGGUAAAAACCCCUUUGACCGAACCAAUUUGGGUUACGAUGGGCUCUUCGGACCGCGGACGAUAUUCUAUCAGCUCCAUCCUGCGUCGCAGCAUCUCGUCGAGGAACUGGAUGUCCCUGUUCUGAAGCUCAAAGAUGGCGAAGGUCUCUUCCAGGCGCGGAACAUCGAGCUGGGAACAAGUGUUGUCAUUAUUCUUGGUUUCUUAUGGAUAAUCUGGCGCUUGGCUCGUGUGGUGUGGGCGACUGGCCUCGGAGCUAACGAGGUGAAACGGCCCGAGACGCAUGAGAAGAAGGAAUAA